UUUUUUGCUUUCUCUCUUGCAGCCAUUAAAAAGUCAGCGCCUUGUUUUGUCGUCUUCUCUCUGUUUUCUAACAGUUUCUUGCCAUAGGAGUCAGCUCAGCUGCAGAUUUCAGAGGCUUUUUAUUUUUAUUAUAUUUUUUUGAAACAGAGAGGAAGCGAUACUGGUCUCAUGGAAGUUGAUUGGGAUUUGCAUGCGGUGGUCAGAGGUUGCGCCACUGUUACAGCAACCAGUAACGGUGGUGUUGGAAGCGGUUAUUCCAUGGCGGAUUUGCACCCUCCUCAGUCUGGUGUUUCUUCGUUUGGAAGUGAAGAAGCUUUUGAGGGUCAUGCUUUGUCUUCCCCAAAUCAGUUGGAAGAAUUGCAUGAGCUUUACAAGCCUUUCUUCCCCAAAUCUCAGCCACUUUCCCCACAGAGCACGCCUUUAUCUUCACUUUCUUCUAUCAGCUUCUCUAAAGAAGCGCGGAUAGAAGAGCAACAGCAGCAAUCUAAGCUGUCUCUCGCUGCCUCUGUUACCACUGCUAUUACUGCACCUACUAACAAUUCUGCGACUUCCACUUCUCAUAAUUCUCGAUCUAAAAGAAGGAAGAACCAGCUAAAAAAGGUUUGCCAAGUCCCAACAGAAGGGAUCUCUUCAGACGUGUGGGCAUGGAGAAAAUAUGGACAAAAGCCUAUCAAAGGCUCCCCUUAUCCAAGGGGAUAUUACAGAUGUAGCACCUCGAAAGGAUGUUUGGCCCGAAAACAAGUGGAACGGAGCAGAACCGACCCGGCUAUGUUCAUAGUCACAUACACAGCUGAGCACAACCACCCUGCUCCGACGCACCGCAAUUCACUCGCGGGCAGUACCCGCCAGAAGCCUUGCACCUCACAAACACCCACCGCCGGCGACUCCGUCAAACCCUUCUCUGCCAAACCCGCCGGAAGCUCAUCUCUAACUACCUCCGUGGAUGAAGAACUCAUGGUUCAAAAUACAAAGGCGGGGAGCAGAGAGGAUUUGGUUGAAGAUGAAGGGGAAGAUGAUUUUGGGAUGUCAGACACGGCGGUGAGUGAUGAUUUCUUCGAGGGUUUAGAAGGAAUCGCUGACAUGGUCACUGGUAAUUGUUUUUCUGAUCGUUUUCAGCCGAGCUUUGACCUUCCCUGGAUAGCCAGCAAUGCAGCUACUGCCGCCGGUGGCGUUUAAGAAUCGUCCUGGAACAUUGCUUUUGAUGCUUGUAUAUGCCUUACAUUUCAAAAGGUAGAGGGAAUUGGAUUGUACCCCGUUGUUAGAAUCUAAGCCGAAAAUGCUUUUUGUUCAGUACCUUUUUAGGAUUCCAUUAACGAGUCUUGUAGACAAAAAUAGUUUCCUAUUUCGUGUAAAGUUAGCUACAGAGUUAGGAGAAGUAAUACUUUUAGGAACCUUUUUUAAUUUUUUUAGUAUUUUCUGAUACAACUAAAGUGGGAAAUUGCUCAUUAAUUUAUCAGGUUCAUGGCCAUCUUCGAUUA